AUGAAGGCUCAGCAGUUCAACCCAGUCACUCGAAAGAUCGAGCUCAACGAGAUACCGAUACCUCAACCGCAACCUCAUGAGGUCCUGGUCAAGAUCAAAUGCGCUUCACUAUGCCACUCUGAUGUCAUGCUCUUCGCGCCCAAUGACGCCUUGCAAAUGACCAAGGAUGCAAAGCCCAUCACCAUGGGUCACGAAGCGACGGGCAUUGUUGCCGGCGUGGGGUCCGACGUCACGGCGUUCAACGAGGGCGAUCCCGUUGGCUUCAUCUGUGCCGAGCAGUCCUGCUUUGAGUGUCACCCUUGCAAGAACGUCCACAAUCUUUGGUGCGAAAAGGGCCAAGUGAAAAUGGCGGGUUUCUCGCUCGAUGGAUACUUUCAGGAAUAUGCGACAGUGGAUGCUCGCAACAUGAUGAAACUCCCGGACGGCCUCUCCCCCGACGACGCCGCGCCCUUGUUCUGUGCCGGAGUUACCGCGUACAACAGCAUAAAUGACCUCAAGCUUGAAGCAGGCAAGUGGGUUGCCAUUAUCGGAUGUGGCGGUCUUGGUCACCUAGGAAUUCAAUAUGCAAAAGCCAUGGGCUACAGAGUGAUCGGUCUCGACGUCGCAGAGGGCGCCCUGGAAGAGGCCACGCACUCUGGAGCAGAGCACGUCUUCAACUCCUUGGAGGACAAGGACUAUGUACAGAAAAUCCAAGAAAUCACAAAGGGAGGCGUUGACGCUGCCGUCAACUUUACGGCUUCCGGCAAGGCUUACGCGGGGAUGCCGGCCAUUAUCCGCCCAACGGGCAUUCUCAUGGCGGUUGGCAUUCCGCAGGAGCCCAUCAGCGUCAAUAUUUUUGAUAUUGCCAUGUGGCGAUAUCAGUUUCGAGGCUCAAAUAAUGGAACAUGCUAUACGAUGGUUGACGCUAUAAACUUCAGCGCAAAGCACGGGAUCAAGCCAAGUAUCGAAUUUUACGAGCUGGAGCAGCUGCCAGAAAUGGUGGAGAGAAUGGAAGCUCACAAGGCAAGAGGACGAAUGGCGGUAAAAUUUGAUUAG